CCCUUGCCGGGCCCGAGGCGGGCGCCUGCGCACAGCUGGCGGGGAGCGCGAGGGGCGGCCGUUUGGCUGAGGGGGGCGGGGCGAGGUGGGAGUACGCGUGCGCCGGAGCGAGGGCCCAGGGGAGUCGCUUUGGAGAUAAUCUGCUGCCUCCCAAUUGCCUUCCUCCCUCCAUCUCCAGCCCACCGAGCCCAAUAUACCCCUCGGUGUCCGCUACCACCACCUUAGGCCCCCUGAGACAUCCCCUCGGGCCCACACCUGGCCCCGACCCCCCUCUCCCGGACCCACACCUGCCUCUCCGGGCACUGCAGCGACCCCCGACACCUCCACUCGGCCCAUCAUCGGCACACUUGCCCCCCCCCCCCCCCCCUUGUUUCCUCGGUCUGUCUACCGCCCAGACCUUUGGGAGAGAGAACCGGAGAGCAGGAUGGCUCCAUACAAAGUUACGAUGGAAUCAAAGGCUGCUGCUUCAAAUCUUCUAAAUGCAUUGCAUUCUUUCUAUCAACUUGGCCAUCUCUGUGAUGUGACUGUCCACACAGAGCACCUUGGGGUUCAAGAAGAGUUUGCAGCUCACAGAGCAGUGCUGGCUGCCUCUAGCAAUUACUUCAAAGAAAUAUUCCUCAGAGAUGAACUGUCUGAGAAAAAGGAAACAACGGUCACAUUGCAGGAUAUUUACACUGAGGAUUUUACCUCUUUUUUAGAAUUUGUAUACACAGCAAAAAUGGAGAUUGAGCCUCAGAAAGUAUACCGAAUGCAGGAUGUUGCUGAAAGACUGGAAUGUAAAGAUCUUGUUGAAGCUUGCGCACAUCUGAAGGAUGAGCUAUCAGAGGAGAACCCAGAUUUAAAGGUACAAGUUUGCCAAGAGUAUCAGUUUGCUGAUAAGCCUGGAAAUACUUGGACUACAACAAACUCACAGCAUCUGGACAGUCAGGAGGUAGACAGUUCAUCGAGAAUUGUUGCUACACCAAUGAAGAACAGACUUUGGGACAAACUAUCAAAAAAGAAAACCUUGGAUACUGGCCAAUCACAGAUGGAACAUUGCAAACAACAGGGAAAUGCAAAAGAAGUCACUGAGUCAAUCACUGUUAUUGAUCCUAGCACAGGAAUAGUUAAAUCAACUACCUAUACCACAGAAGAGAUGAACAAAGAAGAUACUGAUAGUGCUGAUGAUCUUGGUCAAAAAGGUGAUUGUAAAACUGAUUCAAUAAGCCAGACAGAAUCACCAAAAACACGAAUUGUGAUCAAGAAAUUACAUUGUUUGGGAGAUGACGAUGAAAUGCAUGAUGAGUUUGAUGGCUCAGAGAGUAGCGAGCUGAAAAAAAUUACCAGGAGUGUGUCCAAGCGUAUGCCUCAGAGUUACACGUGCGACAAAUGUCACCAGAUUUUUCACUUCUUGAAACCAUACCAAACUCACAUGAGUGUUGAGCAUGAUAUUACUAUUGUCAUAAAGUAUAGCUGCAGUAUGUGUUCUCAGCUUUUUUCCAAUCAUCAGAACCUAAGGCAGCACAGACUGACUGUUCACAACAAUGAGCGCCCCUUUGCCUGUUCACUGUGCGACAAGCGAUUUAAGCGGCAAAAGGACAUCAAUGACCAUGUUAGGAGAGUGCAUGAGAAGAGAAGGACUCCUCAAACCUGUCCUUAUUGUGACAAAAUUAUUAGUUCAAAAUGUGGACUCACUGUUCACAUCAGAACACAUACUGGUGAAAAACCAUAUAAAUGCCAGUUUUGUCCAGCUAGCUUUGCUCAACGGUCUGCUUACAACACUCACGUGAGAAAGAUACAUGAAUCUGGUCAAGAGAAGAAACCACCAUUUAUUUACUGGAAAAUGGUGCCACAAAUAGAUAAGUCAGAUCACACAGCUGAUUCUUUCAUGGACAUCAGUAGUGACAGACACAGUUGGGAUAAACCAGAAGAUAAUGACUUGGUCAUGAACAUUAGCAAUUACAAGGAAACAUGUCAUGAGAAAGAGCAACAUAGCACAUCUGAUGCAGAGAUUGGAUGCAAUAAUACAAAUGAAAUAGAAGAGGAGAAAGAUAAAGGUAGCAAGAUUGCACAAAAUAGUUCAUUAAAUAACAAAGAAGCUAAUGUUAAGAAUGAAGAAGAUACAGGAGAGGAUGAAACUGAAGACUUGGAAAAUGAAGAUGACGAUAAUGAUGGUGACACAGAGUAUGAAGUAGAAGAUGAAGAAGAAAAUAGUACAGAUGAUGAUGAUGAUAAUAGUAAAGAUGAAGACUAUCAAAAUGAGCAUGAUCCUGAACCAAACUAUUCUGAUGAGGACGUUGAUGUAAAGAAAGGCAGUAAGAGGGGAAGAUCACGAAAGUCAAAUCAUAAAAUAAAGUGUGACAAAUGUGAUGAUGAAUUUAAUUCCAGAAAGGAUUAUGUGGUUCAUUGCAAAGAUAUUCACCAGUCAUUACCAGGAAAAGUCUAUCACUGUGAGAUCUGUGGGAAGGCUUUUGCAACCCACAACAGUUGGAAAGAACAUUGUGCUUGUGUUCACAGUGAUGAAAGGCACUUUGCCUGCACCCUAUGCAAUGCAACUUUUAAGAGAAAAAGAGAUGUGCGGACACAUUAUGCACGGAAGCAUGAAGGGCGUAUUAAACGUCCACUAUGUUCUGUUUGUGGGAAAAUUCUGAGUUCACGAACAGCACUGGUGUUUCACAUGCGGACACACACUGGAGAGAAGCCUUACGAAUGCUCCAUUUGCCAUUCUCGAUUUGCCCAACCAUCACAGCUGAAAAUACACACAAGGUCUCACACUGGAGAGAAACCCUAUAUUUGUGAGGACUGUGGAGCCUGUUUCACCGAUAAGGCUAAAUUAAAUGGGCAUAAGAGAACACACACAGGAGAACGCCUUUUCGGAUGUGAUGUAUGUGGCAAACAUUUUGCCACCAAUGAAUACUUGAAAUGUCACAAGCGAUGUCACAUGGGUGCCAAACCUUAUAAAUGUGAUGUUUGUGGAAAAACCUUUGGGUUGAGAGCCUCAUUGGCCCAGCACAGCAAUAUUCAUGCAGAAACCCGUCCAUAUUUUUGUGAACAGUGUGGAAAGGCUUUUACCCAGCAAGGAGCGCUUCGACGUCACCAGCGAAUUCACACAGGGGAGAAGCCUUAUAAGUGCAAGGCUUGUGAACGAACUUUCACAGACAUGUCCACUUUGAGAAGACACGUUUCUGUUCAUGACCGAAAUGCUCACUGGCGAUCAUACCUGAUUGAUCUUACCUCAAAGAAAGAUCAUAAUUGGUCAAAAAUUGAAACUUUAGGCGAUGUUUGCCUUUCUGAUGACCCUGUACCUGUGAAAUGGAUGAAUAUUCGGACUGAUCUACCAGUGGAAGGAAUACAGCCCGGUCAUUGAUCAAUAUUACUAAAACAGAUGGACACAACACAGUAUGUAUUGUCUUCAAACUUACAAUGAAAAAUUGGAUAUAUUUUUAUUUUUAAUGCACUGUUUCUGUGAAAAGUUAGUAAUAAUUCAAUCAUAUACACCACAUUCACAGCUUCAGUUUGUCAAAUGUACAGUAAUCAGCCCGAUUUUCAUUCUUAGGGCUUUUAUUGGGCAUCUGUUGGAAUUUUCUGAGUUUAGUCCAGCAAUUCAAACCAGAAAUACCCUAAGUCUUUCACUUUGAUUUGGUGAUAGUGAGGUAUAAUGCGUAAUCAUUGUCAGACAUUAUUUAUUUCCUACAGUUACAGUGAAUAUUUAGUAUUUUGCUGUUGGAGAUCAGCAUAUCAACAUGGCAUUAACUAGUAUUACAGAAAUUAACUAUUUUCAUCAACACCAUCAUUUUCUUCUAUAUAUAAAUUCUAAAAUUAAUAAUUCUAUAUGUUAAAAAGCAGUUUGCUUCAUUGAUGCAAUAAGCAAAAAUACACUGAGAGUUUACAUCUGUACAGUCAAAUUGUUUUAAUCAUUUCAGUUGCAGGAUUCCAAAAUGUAAUUCUACAUUUGUUUGACAUCUUAUAAAUAAUCUGAUCUGUUGUGUACCUGAAAGUAUAUUUCUAUUUCUUAUAGCACUGGAGACUUAUAAUUAUCAAACAUUUUCUGUGAAGAUUACUAUUCGCAUCACAGCUUGUAUCCCUAAAUUAAUUUAAAAUAUAUUUUAAGUGUUUAAAUGCAAUGGUGUAACUCCUCAAAUGUUUAAUAAUUCUGAACUCAGGAUGUUCAGAAUAAUUUGAUUAAUGACAUAAAUUGGCAUGGGAAUAUUUCAGCAUUAUGCUGUGCUGUAUUUAGAAUCAGACAUGUAGUGUAGGAUUAUGGAAGAUGAAUGGUUUGUAAAUAGAGAAGCAAAAUACCAAAAAAAAGCAUUGUUAUUUGAUCAGAAUAGCUUUCACAAGGUGUCUAACUUUGAUACUUUUUGUAGACCUACUGUUGAUCAAUGUUUCAAUGUUGUGGUACAGAAAUCUGAUGAUUGAAUCUUCUUUUCCUCCACUGAUCAAAUCUACAAAGUUACAUGUUUUGCAGCAUACUACAUGCCUGAUCGUUUGAGGACUAGUUGUAAUUUUCUAGAACUCUCACUAGACAUGUAUGUAUUCAGUAUCUAAAGGAACUACAAUGUCUUGUUUGCCAAUAGUGUCAUAACACUACAUUUUAAAGUGCUGUAGGAAGGAAUACUACUAAAUGAUGUCAUGUUACUGACUUUUUUGUGUAUUGUGUUCCAUUUAUUUUCUGGUAUGGUCGUAUGGAGAGAACAUCUGCUGUGGUA